AUGGUAGAGAGAGACAACGAAGCAGAAGGUGUAGAUAAGGCGAUGAUUCCUCUGCUAAGGGAUCAACAUGAACCGGAGGAAGACAGAGACAUAUUAGUUGAGACUAAAAAGCUAUGGCGUAUUGUUGGACCAGCCAUAUUCACAAGAAUCUCGACCUAUUUGAUCCUCGUCAUCACUCAGGCCUUUGCCGGUCACCUCGGCGAGCUCGAACUCGCAGCCAUCUCCAUCGUCAGCAACGUCAUCGUCGGCUUCAACUUCGGCCUCCUCCUUGGAAUGGCGAGUGCGUUGGAAACGCUGUGCGGUCAAGCGUUUGGAGCAAAAAAAUAUGACAUGUUGGGAGUGUAUUUGCAGCGGUCUUGGAUUGUUCUUUUCUUGUGGUCCAUCUUGUUACUCCCUAUGUACUUCUUUGCUACUCCGAUUUUGAAGUAUUUUGGCCAGCCUGAUGACAUAGCCCAGCUCUCCGGUACUGUAGCCCUUUGGGUUAUUCCUAUCCAUUUCGCAUUUGCCUUCUUCUUCCCUCUCAACCGUUACGCCACUUGUGGCGGUUGUCCACUCACUUGGACUGGUUUCUCCAUCGAAGCUUUCACCGGACUUUGGGAAUUUGCUAAGCUCUCUGCCUCCUCCGGAGUCAUGCUUUGCUUGGAGAGUUGGUAUUAUAAGAUUUUGAUUCUGAUGACUGGAAAUCUGAAAGAAACAAAAAUUGCUGUCGAUUCUCUGUCUAUAUGCGUACGAGUGGCGAAUGAAUUAGGAGCAGGCAAUGGAAGAGGAGCAAGAUUUGCAAUGAUCAUAUCAGUGACAGAAUCGCUAAUCAUUGGUUUAAUAUUUUCGGUUCUUGUAGUAUUUUUGCAUGAUCAAAUCGGUUGGAUCUUCUCUUCAAGUGAAACCGUUAUAAAAGCAGUCACUGAUCUCUCUAUCCUUUUAGCCUUUACGAUUCUUCUCAACAGUGUCCAACCGGUUCUUUCCGGGGUUGCGAUUGGUUCGGGUUGGCAAUCAUUCGUGGCGUAUAUAAAUUUGGGAUGCUAUUAUUUCAUCGGUCUUCCACUUGGAUUUGUCAUGGGAUGGAUUUUUAAGUCUGGUGUUAAGGGCAUUUGGGCUGGUAUGAUAUUCGGAGGAACCGCGGUUCAGACAUUGAUAUUGAUAUUUAUUGUUAUGAGAUGUGACUGGGAGAAAGAGGUAAUUCAAUGGAGUCCCCACUCAAAAUGCUUUGCUCUCACAUAUACUCUUCACUCUCGUCCACGUUCUUUACUUAUCAAGAAGAUGGGAGAAAGAGAAUACGAAGCGGAAGGUGUAGAGAAGGCGAGGAUUCCUUUGUUGAGGGAUCAAUACGAAGAAGGAGACAUAAAGAGAGAGACAUGGAUCGAAACGAAGAAGCUAUGGCGUAUCGUUGGACCGGCAAUAUUCGCCAGAUUCUCGACCUUUUCGAUCUUCGUCAUCACUCAGGCCUUCGCCGGCCACCUUGGGGAGCUUGAACUCGCCUCCAUCUCCAUCGUCCACAACGUCAUCGUUGGCUUCAACAUCGGCCUCCUUCUAGGAAUGGCGAGUGCGUUGGAAACGCUGUGCGGGCAAGCGUUUGGAGCAAAGAAGUAUGACAUGUUAGGAGUGUAUAUGCAGCGAUCUUGGAUCGUUCUCUUCUUAUUCUGCACAUUGCUCCUUCCCAUGUACUUGUUUGCGUCUCCGAUUCUUAAAUUCUUCGGACAGCCUGAAGACAUUGCCGAGCUAUCCGGCACCAUCGCCGUCUGGACUAUUCCUACUCAUUUCGCGUUUGCCUUCUAUUUCCCUCUCAGCCGAUUCUUCCAGUGCCAGCUUAAGAAUAGGGUGGUUGCAAUUUCUUCCGGGGUGGCACUUCUAGUUCACAUAUUUGUGUGCUGGCUUUUUGUGUACGGUCUUAAACUUGGAGUCGUAGGGACCAUGGCUACUGUUAACGUGUCAUGGUGGCUCAAUGUCUCCAUCCUAUUUAUUUACGCCACUUGCGGCCGUUGUCCACUCACUUGGACUGGUUUCUCCGUCGAAGCUUUCUUUAAACUAUGGGAAUUCACUAAGCUCUCAGCGUCCUCUGGAAUCAUGCUUUGCUUGGAGUAUUGGUAUUAUAGGAUUCUAAUAAUGAUGACUGGAAAUCUGAAGGAUACAAAAAUUGCUGUCGAUUCUUUGUCUAUAUGCAUGUCAAUAAAUGGUUUGGAGAUGAUGAUACCACUUGCUUUCUUUGCCGGGACUGGCGUACGAGUGGCAAAUGAGUUAGGAGCAGGCAAUGGAAGAGGAGCAAGAUUUGCAAUGAUAAUAUCAGUGACAGAAUCAUUAAUCAUUGGAAUAAUACUAUCGGUGUUUGUAGUAUUUCUUCAUGAUCAAAUCGGCUGGAUUUUCUCUUCAAGUGAAACUAUCAUUGAAGCAGUUAAUGAUCUCUCUAUUCUUCUAGGCUUAACGAUUCUUCUCAACAGUAUACAACCGGUUCUUUCUGGUGUUGCUGUUGGUUCGGGUUGGCAAUCAUUCGUUGCAUAUAUAAACUUGGGAUGCUAUUACUUCAUUGGACUUCCACUCGGAUUUAUCAUGGGAUGGUUGUUCAAGUCUGGUGUCAAGGGCAUAUGGGCUGGUAUGAUACUUGGAGGAACCGGGAUUCAAACAUUGAUCCUGAUCUAUAUUGUCAUGAGAUGUGACUGGGAAAAAGAGGCACAAAAAGCAAGUGUGCACGUCAAGAAAUGGUCUGUCUCAAACUCAAGAAAUUGA